GGCAAUACGGCCUCUGUAACUGCAGCUCAAUGGAAGAUGUGGCUUAUCAGAGUCUUCGUUGUCAUGUAUUUCACUGCAGUUUGUGUAGCUCAGGAUCCUCAAAAUGUCACCGUGGGGCCCAAUUUAACGAACUUUGGACCAACAUCGAUGGAAGCUUCGACUGUUUCAGAGCCUCCUGUACCAUCUCUGCAGCUGCAGUUGGGCUGGUUGGAAGCGUUCCCCUCUGAGAAAGUGGAGUUGAGUUGUAACAUCAGCGGCAGCUCUGAGUGGAAGAUCAUCUGGCACAAAGAUAAUAAGGAACAAGAAGAAGACCCAAAUCUGUCUUUCUCUGCAGAUAGAUCAAUCCUCACUAUCACUGCAGCUACACAAACGUCUGGAAGUUAUUCCUGUAGAGGUCAACACAAAACAAGCACAGUUUUGACUAAUCACAGCAAUUCACUCGAGGUCACAGUUUACCCAAACAAGCCCAAAGCAACUCUGACUCGAAGACCGGACUUUGACAAGAUGUUCUCUGGAGAGUCUGUCACCUUCACAUGUUUGGUUGAUGUGGCCUUUGGAUGGGAAUACCAGUGGUACCAUAAUGGAAUUGAAAUUCAAGCACCAGAUACCAUACAUUCUAUAGAUCCCUCUAACAGUGGACAAUACUACUGCAAAGCCAAAAGAGGCAAAAGCCAGUUUGACACAGAGCGAAGUGAAACAACCUCUGUGCAGGUCUCUGAUCCACCUAAACCAUUGUUGAAGGUGCUGUCUCCAUGGCUGGAUGUGUUCAAAACCGAGAGCGUGGAGUUUGCUUGCCUGGUUGAAGGCUCUAAUUGGACGUUCACCUGGUACAAAAAUCUACAGAAGCUGACGGACCUGGAUGAAGGCGAAUCGUCUUUCAACAUCACCUCAGUCACUCAAACUGAUCAAGGAGCCUAUGCCUGUAAAGCCCAGCUCGAGUCCAGGAAUGUCACCUCUGAAAUCAGCAACACAGCUACAGUCAUAGUUUAUGAAAACACACCAAAACCAACAUUGAGCAAGGUCCCUGAUUUCACCCCAAUGUAUGUUGGAGAAACUGUGAACUUCACUUGCACAGUUAACGUGUCCUCUGACUGGAAAUAUCAGUGGUGCAAAAAUGGGCAGAACAUCCCUUCUGCCACCGAUAAAACCUUCAGCUUCCCUCUUAGUCUGUCUGAUGGAGGGAAUUACUCAUGCAAGGCCACCAGAGGUAAAACAACAUCAACGAGCCAGAGUGCGGAAAUACAGCAAGCUGUUCAUGAAAUUCCUGUACCACAUUUGGAGAAUAUGACCCCGUGGUUGGAUGUGUUCCCCACUGAGAGUGUGAAGCUGAGCUGUGGGAUGCAGCAUGGCACUGGCUGGAUGUAUACCUGGUACAGAACUGGAGAGGAGGUCAAGGCUGAUGAUGCUGUGUCUUUUGACCCGGAUGGAUCUAUUCUUUCUAUUAUCUCUGCUUCAUCUAAACAUGGAGGACAAUAUAACUGCAGAGGACACCUCCAGGACAGAUCUGUCAGCAGCACCUCAAGUUCUAUUCUUACUCUCACAGUAUACGCUAAGAUGCUCAGUGUCGUACUGACACAGGAUCCAGAGUACAAGGUGAUGUUCCCUGGAGAGUCUGUCUCCUUCAGCUGUCACAUUAAUGUCUCCUCUGGAUGGGAGUACGUCUAUUACAAAGAUAACAGUGAACUCAGUCACGCUCGAAUCAACUCUAUCGGGGCCUCAGAUGGAGGAUCAUAUACAUGCCAAGGGAAAAGGGGCAAGAAUCCAGUCUUCUCCAGCAACCCUAGUCAGGCUAUACUCCUUGACGUUAAAGAGAAACACCCCAAACCUGUGAUGACUCAAGAACCAAAGGGUGACACCAAAGUGUACAUUGGAGAGUUAGUGACCUUGGAUUGUCAAGUUAAAAUCUCAUCUGGUUGGGAGUAUCUCUGGAAAAAAGGUGGAGUGGCACUCCCUCACAAGAGUAGUACUUUUAAAAUUCAUGAGGCCAAUUUAUCAGACAGCGGGAAUUAUUGGUGCACAGCCAAAAGACAAAGGUCUACAUACCUAACACAGCAAAGCGAUGGAUGGUCUUUACAAAUAUAUGAGAUUCCUGUUCCCCAGUUGAAGAAUAUGACCCAAUGGUUGGAUGUGUUCCCCACUGAGAGUGUGAAGUUGAGCUGUGGGAUGGAACAAGGCAUCUCUGACUGGACGUAUAGCUGGUACAAAGACAAACAGAAGGUCCAGGCUGAUGAUACUGUGUCUUUUGACUUAGAUGCCAGGGCUCUCUUAAUCAGCUCUGCUGCAGCUAAACAUGGAGGACAAUAUAGUUGCUCAGGAAAGCUCAAGAGCAGACCUGUCAACAGCACCGGCAGCACUGGACUAACACUCAGUGUUUAUGGUACAAAACCCAAAGUCACCCUGAUGCAGGAACCUGAGUAUGAAGUGAUGCACACUGGGGAUUCAGUCUCCUUCAGCUGCCAUAUUAAUGUCUCCUCUGGAUGGAAGUACCUGUGGUACAAAGAUGGCUCUCCAAGCUCCGAAUCUGGAAACAACUAUAGCAUCAGCUCUGUUAUGAUGAAAAACGCUGGGUCAUACACAUGCCAAGUAAAAAGAGGAGUGGAUGUAAUCUUCCAGUCAAACGAGAGUCCUGCUGUAAAACUCAAAAUCCAAGAGCGCCCUCAGGCUAAUAUAAUCCUGCUGACAGACUGGUCAGAGGUGUUCGCCACCGACAGCUUGGCACUCAGGUGUGAGGUGCAGGCAAGCAACGACAACUGGAACUACACAUGGUUCAGAGAGGGAAAACCAAUCGAUCUGCCGCCCUCUGAGAGACAUACAGUCACACCCCAAAGUGACCCCGAGCAAAGCCUGUACACCUGCCGUGGAGUUCGCAGCGGUCGACCAUCUUAUUCAAAACUCAGUAAUUCUUUCAAGACCAAGAACCUUCUUUUGAAGAGGAGGGUGCUUCUCUCCAUCUCUGGCUUACUCUUCUUCGGCCUUAUUGCCAUUGUUGUGGGAUGCAUUGUUCUCCGAAUCAUCCGUAAACCAGUUGCCAAUGAUGACAAACCAGAAGAAGAAAAUUUGUUUCUCACCAUGGCUCAGCUGAAGGACCGGACUGAUGCACCCAAUCCACUGGUUGAGUACAUCACUGAUGAAGGAAUAGAGGCAUUGUCUAAAGAAGCAGAUGAGAACGGCAAGCUACCCAUAACUACAGAGGAGAGCCAAGCUAUGACGACUGAAAGCGAUAAAACAGAUGAAAACGAGGGUGGGCUGGUGUCCUUCAAACAAUGAGUCACUGAAGAUGGAUUCACAGAGUUUCAGCUAAUUAUCAGAUUGAAAGUCCAUGGCACUGAUGGACAUAAGGCACCAUAUAUUAUGUAUUUAUAUUUGAAUGUAUGGACAGGCAAUUUUCUAUCAUCUGGCAGGGCGAUAAAAACGUUUGGCUUUAAAGUGACAUCAGGUAGAGGCCAAACUCUGUAUGGUUGCUAUCUUCAGCUUCAGGUUGUCUGGCUCAGCCUCAUUUAGUCAGAAUUUAGCCUCAGAUAUGCUUUUUUUUAAUUUAAAUUUUCAACAUUUUCUGCUUUAUUUGAUAAAGAAAGUAGAGAGAAACAGGGGAGAGAGCACAGGGAUGGCCUGCAGCGAUUAAAAGGUCGGAGCUGAAUUCAAAUCCAGGCCGCAGCGAGGAGGAGGCAGCUUCAUUAGUGGUACGAGCUCCAUUAGAUGAGCUACCUGGGCACCUUAUCUCAGUUGUGCUUUGACCUAAGAACUAACGUUCUGAGAUUUGCUACAUUAGUAUCUUAAUGCACCUGAGGAUAGAGGUCAUGUAAAUAUUCUGAAUUUCCUGCAGUGCAAGAUAAGAGUAGAUGUAAAUUUGAAUAAGAUUUAUCCUCUCACAACAUUGUUGGCUACAAAUUUAAUUGGAAUUCAUCAAAUUGUUGGUGAGA